AUGGACUUUCUUCGGCGAGGGCGUUCCUCGCAGGGGGAGGAUAUUGAGCAGCAGGCUCUGGCAGGCCCAUCUACACAACCAGAAAUGGAAGAGGGCUCACGGCCUCGAUCGAGGCGCUUGCCUGGCACAAGGCCUUCCCUCUCCUCAAGGAGGCGUCCAGGCAAUGGGAUGCAAAGGCUAGAAGACGAGGAAUCUGACAGCCCGAAAACACCACGCUUCAAUAUUGGCCUGCCGACACUGCCAGGAACCCGUCUGAACCUGCCACACCUCGCGAGAACAUGGACCAGCGGUUCCAAUGGCACCGAUUCGCGGCCCAACUCGACAACGCAACAACCCCUAAACCGAGUCGACGAGUCUGCUUCCCCCGAACCGCCCAUGACGAGAGCUGCUGGACAACCGCCAGCUACGACCCGGGUGACGAUGCCGGCGCCCGUCGCACGGCGCCCCGAAAUCGAAACCUCCAGCGGGACGAGGAGGUUCACCGGGCCAGAUCCCGCAGAGAUGCAUCUGGCGAACAUGGCACAGGAAGGUCGGCGGCGCAGACGACGGGCACAUCGCCGACAGCAACAUGACGAUAAUAGCGAGGGGCAUCCUAAACGAUUUCUGCUCUGUAUUCCCUGGCCAAAGUCACGGCGUAUGCGAUCGCAGAUUCUCCGAUGCUUCAUUUCAGGCGGAUUCCUGACGCUCCUCCUCGCCGUCUAUCUAGCACUCUCCCUUACACAGAAUAUCCGCAGCAGCGAGUUUACGGUCUUGUUGAUUCUCAUCAUUUUGUUCGUCACGAUAUUCUUCUGUCACGGCUUGAUCCGGUUAUGCAUGCUUGUCAUCCGGCCACGGGUCGACGACGAGGCCAGACCGCCGAUGCCGCAACUCUUGGCACCCGGGGGCUACGCUGUGCCACGAGAACCGAUCCGAGUCGUGCUGGCGCGCGAUGAAGAGGAGCAAGGGGAGGUCAGCGAGGCGGUCUUGGCCAAGCCCCCAGCCUACGGCCUAUGGCGAGAGAGUGUGAGGGUUGAUCCCAACCGCAUCUACUGGCAGCGCAACCCGAACGCCACACCGAACGAGGGAACAUCUAGUCGUGGAGGAAGCAGCACCGGUCCUCGACCACCAUCAUACGCAUCAGAGGACGGAGUGAGCUACGUCGUCGAGGCUCGACCCCGAUCCAUGGCCCCGGCAGCGAUGACUGACGUACCAACCCCACUGCCUACGCACCCUUCCGAAAUGGGACGGUUGGGUGAACACAGGAGCGCGUGGUAA